UCUAAACCUGCCCAAGGACGAGGAAAAAAGGGACUUGAUGUUGAAGUUGGCUGUGAUGAGGAUUAUACUAGUUUGCCUGAGCCACGUGUAUGUGAGAAACAAUUAGAAGAUGCUUCCUUCCUUGAUACUCAGCUGCAUGAACAUGUGGUGGAAGAGCAUGGUUAUGAAAAAGAGAGUGGACAAAGGAAAGGUCGUAGCCGGGGCCGGGGUAAAGGACGUGGCCGAGUCCAUUGUCAUCAGAAUAAUCGUGUGGGAACACCCCCUUCAAAUAAUACAAUUUUCACGGAUCAAGUCAUUGCCAAACAACCUCCAGGGCCCCGAAUGCCGGAUGGUACAAGAGGGUUUUCUAUGGGUAGGGGGAAGCCGGUAGCUGUUAAUAUAGCGUAA